UUCAACCCGAAGAGGACCCAGCUGUAGCAGGUCUUGUCAUACAACAGCUGUUAUGUUCAGUCAGACCAGAGCACGUGCCCUCUGUGUGCUUUGAGUCCGUCCCAGCAAUGGUGACCUUAGAAUUUGAGUUUGUUUGCUUAUGUUUUUCCUUAAAAUAAUAUUUCUUUGUUUAUUACAACUCUUGAGUUGCCUCAACUCUUUAAACCUUUUGAGAAAAGUGAAGGUAAGUUCUGAAAACAAGGUAGGGAGAGACUGUGAGUUUGAAAAGGUAGGAGGAGGACACAGAGCAAUUGCCAGCAUCCCACAUAAGCCGCUAUUUUCCAGUGACUGGCUUACCUGGAAUGUGACAUCAUCUACUCUUGUCUCUUCUGUGGCUUCCUAAAGUCUUGAUGCUACUGGCCAGAGCCAGUUUCUGAGCAUGGGAAGGAAGCAGGACUACCCUUCUAAUUUCAGGAAAAAUACUUAAUGACAGAGGAUAUGAAACCAGAAGGACAGGCAGUCGUUAAGCACAAUUUAGCAUUUACAGAAGAAAAUUACUAACUUUAAAGAACUGCAUUGAUCCAUACUAGUUAUUUUCUUUGAGCCGCUGUGGCUAAGGAGUAUGCAUUACUCAUGCACAGAGCAGAAGUAACAAAAUUGCUGCAGACUGAAACAGAUUUUCCCUCGUUUUUUCAGAGUUCAGUUUCAAACUGCCAUUUCAGACUAAAACGUAGAAGAUGAACUUUGCUCCCCUUCACUGCUGUCAUACUGAGACAAAUACAAUUAAAAUAUAUAGGUACACAAAAUUUCCCACGUCUGAAAAAUGUGCAAGUUUCUGGAAAAAGAGUCCUUCAGAGGCUGUUUUGCUCUGCAUGCUUACAAAUUAGUUAAUAAUAUAAUGAUGAGCAUGAGCCAUCAAACUCUUUUUCUCUUUCACAAACACGAGAAGUCACGGGGCAAGUCAUUAUUGCUUGUAAUUCUAACCCCCCAGCUGCUGUUAGCUAAAGUUCCUCAAACUAGCCUCUUAAAUUGCAGCAUGACAGUCCUUGAACAGGAGGCAAAAGUGCAGCCUUAGACUAAUUAAUAAAAAAGGAUAAAAUUAUCAUAUGCUGUAAAAACUAACUUCGGAACGUGAGAGGCUGGCAGAGCUACCCCUUACAGCAGCACCCACCCCCCGCCUCUUCCCAUUCAUUAACACAGCACAAGCUCUUUGCUAAGUAACAGGCCUGCCUAAAAAUAAAUUAAAAAAAAAAAUCCCUUAUAAGGAAGCAUUUUGUGAAAGUGAACUCCUGUUUUCUACAAGCCCAUUCCAUUCCCUUGAAGGAACAGAACAACAGUUUCAAGCAUGCAUCAUCCUUAUCCUUUCUCCAUUCUUAACUUCUGCACCAGUUGCUGGCCAAAAAUAAACAGCAUUCCAGCACCAUAUAUGAGCAGCAGCCUGCUGGUGAUCCCGACCCCUUCCCGCACUGCCCUCAUUCCAGGGCCAGGAGCCUGUCAGCUCCCUAGCACGCUGCUGCGAAGCGCUAUGCAUAUAACACAGCUGAAUCGGGAAUGCCUCUUACAUCUCUUUUCUUUUCUGGACAAAAACAGCAGGAAAAGUUUAGCAAAAACAUGUCACAAAUUGCUAGAAGUGUUUCAAGAUCCUAUGCUUUGGUCUUUAUUGAACUUUAACUCUCCAGUGGAACUACAGAAGCAUAACUUUCUCCUGGGACCUGCUUUAAAAUACUUAUCCAUCUGCUGGUAUUCAGAGAGAGUCAAGGUGUGUAACAUUGAGGACUGGCUGAAAAACAGUUUCCAGAAAGACAUCUGUAGCAGGCAUGAAAACACUGUCACUGAUUUUUUACUAGAAGUUGGCAACAGAUGCCCAAACCUGCUCUCUCUGACCCUCUCAGGAUGUGGCCAUGUUACAGAUGAUUGCCUCUUGCUUCUUCUCAAGAACUGCCCAAGCCUCAAGACACUCAAACUGGAAAACUGCGCGCGGAUCACUGACUGGACACUGGAAGCAGUGAUCCUCUAUGGGGGAUCGCUGCAAACGCUCCACGUGGAUUUCUGCCGGAACAUAACACAGGCUGGGCUAGAGAGAGUUAAGGAAAAAUGUCCUUCAGUGACACUGAGAGCAGAGAGAAGUGCUAACAUGAUUCCAGACAGUAAGCCAGAAAAAAAGUUGGUGUUUGAAAAAUGGUCCAGAAAACUGGCUCAGCUUUAAGUUAUAUGGAUGGUUGAUUUCUACUCACCUUGCGCAUAGCAUUGCUUCAACUACCCAUGGGUACUCUACUGCACUCUGGUUUAAGUCCAAAUAAAUGGCUCAAUGUUUCGUAAAGGUUGCACUGGAAAAAGGCGUGAAUUUUCACACCUUUUAAAGAAAAAAGGCUUCUGUUUUUGCUGUUCCUUGAAACUGGAAAAAUCACGUGUUUAUGUCACAUAAUGCAGUACCUGAUUAAUCAAGACUAAAAAUGCGAAUUGGAGAAAAGCAACAACCAGAAGACCCUUCAAAUUUUCAUUGUGACAACACAGAUCAUGUGGGCAGUACGGUACAAAAAGUAAUUAAGUAAGUCUUUAAACACAGUAAAACUUUACUUACCAGCAGUGGCAAUUUUUGCAGUUAAACUUCAUCACUGAGUCAAAAGGGCUAAAUCGCAGCCACGAAUCAAAUUUCCAGAACUGAUCAUUUGUUCACCUUUUUCUCUGGAGAACUCUACUGCUCAAUAAAACGUUCUGCUCUUAUCA